AUGUUGCUUACUCCUAUCCGCAACUACUACUGCUGCUCCUUUGUUUGCCCUCGAUACCAAUUGGUCAUCCGCCCCUUGACACUUGCUCAUAAAAGUAUCAACUGUCCUAUCCUCGUGUGGUGCUGCUGCAUGGCCGUCGAUGAGAGGGACAACUUGCAAUUCGAUUUCACUUCCAGCAUCCUCUGCGCUAGGAUCUCGUCAGCAGCAAUGUCCAAUGAAACCACUACAUCACGAAGUCCCAACAACCAAAUUUUCCUUCUAAACGGCAAGUCCUGUCACUAA